AUCCAACGCAGCAGACAUGGGAAGCAUUCCUGAAAUCCAGGCAAAUGCGAGCCAGGACGGGGGAUGAGAGAAUCCCAUCGCCAUCAGUGUACGUGCCCAUGGCUAAACGCAAACCCGGGCGCCAGUCGAACCCAGCGGGUUCUGCAGUGUCCUGGACCCAUAAUCAGCCCCAUCGACACAACGCUGGCCAGUCGGUCCGUGUGAUGAUGCCUGAUGCGCCUGGCCGAGGAACCUGUUCCGGCAGCCUGGGCAGCGGUGGACUGCUUGACCCCGGUUUUGCAGCUGGCGAGGAUUUGGCGCAGGUGACGCUGCUACGAAAGCGGCAACUCAGUCUCUUGCGGGUGGAGCAGGAAGACUUUGACCGCUUGUUUCUGCAACGUGCCCUGAAUAAUAAGAAAGCUUCGUCGUCGUCUGAUGAAUGCGAGCAACAGACACGAGUCGUAUUCCCGCCGACAUCCCGCCAACAGCAUCCGCAGCAGGAAGAAGACCGGAUGUGGACCCGGAAAUCCGGCAGUUGUCGUCAUAUUCUACACACGCCGGUUGAGAUGAACAAAGCAAUCACUAGUGCUCGAUCUGCAAUGCAGAACCGUGACGCCAGUCGGACUGGCGUCAGCGACACUAUCGUCGUCGACACCCGGCGACAACGUCACCCGGGAUCCUACUUCAUUACCCGGCGACCCUGA